AUGGUCUACAUCCAGUCCUGGCAGGAGUUCCAGGACGCUGCUGAGGCCUUGUAUGCCAAAUCGCCCAACCAGACUCGGUACUGUGUAAAAUGGAAAUCGUCAGAGGGAAAGCUGGUAUUGAAAAUCACAGACAAUGUCACGUGCCUGAAAUUCAAAACAUAUUCGUCGAUCUUCUUGAAUCGUUUCGAAUCGCUGAAUCUCUCCCUCAUGGAGAAGAUGCAGAACCGCCAGAGACCAAAGGAAGUCCCGGUUCCAGAGCCUCCAGCCGCUUCGGAAGCUACGACAGCGCCUAGCUCGACGGUACCCCAGUCGUCUGGUCCCAAAUCCGGAGGUGUCAAGAAAAAGAAAGGCAAGAAGAAGUAGCGGAGAAGCUCGACAAGUCAGACUACAAGGGUCCUGGCAGAUGUCGCUGCGAACAGCUGCACCCUCCAGCGUUCAUCGUCAACAGUGUCUCUGGAAUCUGGGACCUGCAACCAGCCCAGAUCCGAUCGCGACCAGGAGAACGAGCGCCAAUUCCGCCGACCUCGAUUGCCUCCUGAUAGCAGCUCAACUGUACUGUUACUGUGACUCCUCGUCAUCCACAUCAAAUACAACGAGUCCAAUUUCCCG